AUGAAGAGAGUUCAAAAACCUGCACAGUUGGAGUCUCUCUGCAGUCUGCACUCUGAGAAACUCAAACUCUUCUGCCUGCACGAUCAACAGCCAGCAUGUCUCAUCUGUCGAGAUUCAAAAGUGCACAACCGUCACGGAUUCAGACCCAUUGAUGAAGCAGCACAGGAUUACAGAAAGGAGCUCCAGGAAUUAUUGAAGCCCUUACAGAAGAAGCUGAAAGUAAUUGAACAGGUUAAAGAAAAUUACAAUCAAACAGCAGUCCAAAGUAAGAUCCAGGCCUUUUACACAGAAUGGCAGAUUAAAAAGCAGUUUAAGAAACUUCACACAUUUCUAAAAAAGGAAGAGGAGGCCAGGCUGGCUGCUCUGAGGGCGGAGAAGAAGCAGAAAUGCAAGAUAAUAAAGGAGAAGAUUGUGGCCCUAAGCAGAGAGAUAGAAACUCUUUCAGAAACAAUCAGAGCCACAGAGGAGGAACUGAGAGCUGAAGAUGUCUCAUUUCUGCACAACUACAAUGCUGCACUGAAAAGAAUCCAGCAGCGCCCCCUGCUGGAUGAUCCACGGCUGGUCUCUGGAGCUCUGAUAGAUGUGGCCAAACACCUGGGCAACCUGACCUACAACAUCUGGAACAGAAUGAGUGAAGUGGUCUCCUACACUCCUGUGAUUCUGGAUCCAAACUCAGCUCAUCCACAACUCAUCCUAUCUGACGAUCUGACCAGUGUGAGUGUGGGAUUGAGAAAGCAGCUUCCUGACAACCCAGAGAGGAUAGAAAACUAUUUUGUCAUCCUGGGCUCUGAGGGCUUCGACUCGGGGAUUAACAGCUGGGAUGUUGAGGUUAGAAAUGAAGGAGUCUGGUGUCUCGGUGUACUAAAGGAGUCUGUUCAAAGAAAGGGACAUAUACACACUGGAUACUGGGAACUUUGUCACCAGGAUGGAAAAUACACAGCAUCUGCUCCACCGCUUCCAGAUAAAGUUCUCUCAGUGAAGAAGCUCCAAAGACUCCGAGUUCAGCUGGACUGGAACAGGAGGAAGCUCUCGUUUUUUGAUCUGGACACCAACUCACACAUACACACCUUCAAACACACUUUCACUGAGAAGCUUUUUCCGUACAUUGGCACCAAGACUCUGCCAGUGAAAAUAUUACCAGUGAUGGUCAGUGUAGAAAAACACAGGGUUCCAUUAUCAGUGAAGUGUUCACCUCUUUCUAAACUCCGUCUGAUUUAA